AAUUGCGGGAUCUAUUAGUCGUCGGUUGAUUUUCUACACAGACGGAUCAACAGAUUGUUUCCUCUCAUUCCAAUUAUGUCAAUUAAUAUUCCGAAUAUUACGUUUUACAAUGGAAAUAAAAUUCCCAGUUUUGGACUCGGAACGUGGAAGUCAAAACCCGGUGAGGUAAUUCAAGCUGUUAAGGAUGCCAUUGAUGUAGGCUACAAGCACAUCGAUUGUGCCCAUGUCUACGGAAAUGAGAGGGAAGUGGGUGCAGCAUUAAAAGCGAAAAUUGAUGAAGGAGUAGUUAAACGUGAAGAUCUAUUCAUUACCAGUAAAUUAUGGAACACUUAUCACACGACUGAUCUAGUUGAGCACGCCAUAAACCAGACAUUGGAAAAUCUGGGACUUGACUAUUUGGACCUCUACUUGAUCCACUGGCCAAUGGCCUACGCAGAGGGCGAUGAGUUAUUCCCAAAUAACGCCGAUGGCACUCCUAUUUUGACUAAUACCGAUUAUCUCGACACUUGGAAGGGUAUGGAGGAUGUCCUGAAGAAGGGAUUGACGAAGAAUAUCGGUGUUAGCAAUUUUAAUUCCGAGCAAAUCGAUCGAUUGAUUAAGAAUUGCCAAGUAAAACCCGUCGCCAAUCAGAUCGAAUGUCAUCCCUAUUUGACGCAAAAAUCACUCACGGAAUUCUGUAAAUCAAGGGACAUCGUUAUCACUGCCUACAGUCCCUUGGGAUCUCCAGAUAGGCCAUGGGCUAAACCAGAGGAUCCCAAGUUACUGGAAGAUAAAAAACUUUUGGAUCUCGAGGAAAAAUAUAAUAAAACUGGAGCCCAGAUUCUCAUCCGGUACCAGUUGGAUCGGGGACAUGUCGUGAUACCGAAAUCUGUGACUAAAUCUCGGAUUAUUCAGAACAGUCAGGUCUUUGAUUUCACGCUCGAUAAGGAUGAUAUCGAGUACAUUGAUAGGUUCGAUGUUGGCGGUCGCAUUUGUCCCAUGAAUGGGUGUGAGCCAAGUCCAUAUUAUCCAUUCCAUAUUCCAUUUUGAAUUCGAAAGAUAAACCCUUGGCUGCCGGUGAUGAUAUUAAAUUUAAUUAACAUUUGUCAAUUUCCCCUCUUAAUUAUUCAGAUGGAGAUUAUACCGUCUAUCUGAAUAAAUUUUUAUUUUAUCUUCGGAAUUUCCAAUAUGAUAAAUUAUUGAAAAUGUUAACCAAAAUAUCAUGACGUGCAUAUAAUCAACGAUUAUUAUGAUAAUGAAAAUAAUUAAUUUUUUUUCCAUUUAUUGAAAAGAAAUUUCUCAAAUUAUCGGUUGAUUCACAUGAUUUUUAUGUGGCUCAAAGGGAUUUAAUGGAUUCUCUAAUUAAAUAUCUCAGUGGCAGUAGUAAUUGAGAUUUAAUUUAAUUUUUCAGUUUAAAGAUAAAUAAAUAUGCCAUACAACACUCGUGCCUGCAGCCUGUCAUGGAAUUUUAUUCCUCUGGUUUUUUAUUCUCCUAUAAAAUUUUUAACAAGUUUAGGUUUUGCGGUUUAUCGAUUGACGCAACGAUUAGACAUGGAGUUGAGAAUGUUAUUGGACAGAUAUUGAAUUUUUUACGAGCUCUCCAUAUGUAUCCAAAUGUCUGCAAUUGCGACUUUAGUUUACCUGUGAAUUACCACCGAUUGAAUGGACAUUAUUUACGUGAUUAUUGUUCUGAGAAUAAAUCACAACAAAGUCGUCUCGAGUUACAUUCAAUAACGAGAGCUCUGUUCCAUUUUAUGCAUCGGGGCCACAUGACGUAAGUCCGGGAUUCAUUCAAUCCCAAAGUUUUAUUGAUUUCGUUAUAUUUUAUUACAGAAUAUCCCCAUUAUUUAUUCAAAUAAGAAUUAAAAUAAUAGAAAUAUUCCAUAAAUUCCUGAAAUCCCAGAAAUUUGAAUGGAAAUUUGUGAAUUAUUUUUUCAUUUAAUUCUGUCAUGUGACAGAAUAACUGGAGAUGUAAUAACUCAAAGGAAUAAUUGAUAACAAUAGAUAAUAAACCAGAGAGGAAUGAGAAA